CCGCCGCUCAUACAGACGGCCGUAGCCUCCCCGUCGAUUCGCUACUAUACUCCGAUGGCGAGGAAGGUUCGUGUCAUGGCUUUACGACCAAGGACACGUGCAUAAAGAACCACUGCGCUUGGUGCGUCUGUGCUGCCGUUCCGUCGUCCUGCUACACGCCCGAGGAAGCGGAUCAGCUGCCUCCCGCCAUUUUCCAGUGCGACAAGGGACAGCAGCUCUUGUCAUGGGAUCUGACGAGUGUCCCGUCGACAUCUGCGGAACUUAACAGCCUCUUUGAGGCCUGGAAGGGCCAGCACGCCAAGAGCUACGACUCCCCCAUCCAGAACGAGCUUCGUCGCGGUAUUUUCGAAGUGAAUGCGCGUUCAGUGGCUGCGCACAACAGUAAAGAGGACAAGAGCUUCGUUAUGGAGCUCAAUGAGUUCGCAGACACCACGUGGGACGAAUUCCAGAGCUGGUACUUGGGCGCUCCGCAGCAAUGCUCGGCCACGGAGAGGAACGGCGUGGUGUACGGCGAAGUACCGGUUGAGAAGGACUGGAGAGCUGACGGAGCAGUGUCACCCGUCAAGAACCAGGGCAAGUGUGGCUCGUGCUGGACGUUCUCCACGACGGGAUGUCUAGAGAGCCACGUCAAGCUCAAACACGGCGAGUUCACGAUCCUGUCCGAGCAGAAUUUGCUAGACUGUGCGCAGAACUUCGACAACCAUGGAUGCAAUGGCGGACUGCCGUCUCAUGCCUUCGAGUACGUCAAGUACAAUGGAGGCUUGGACACGGAGGAGACUUACCCUUAUGAGGCCAAGGAGGGUAAAUGCAAGUUCAACACAUACCAUGUUGGUGCUCAAGUGGACCAAGUGGUGAAUAUCACGGCUCGUAAUGAGAACGAACUGAAGGCUGCUGUGGGGUCUACUGGUCCCGUGAGUAUCGCCUUCCAGGUGGUAUCGGACUUCAGGUUCUACAAGUCUGGAGUGUACGAGUCUAAGGAAUGUCACUCCGGCGAAAAAGAUGUGAACCACGCCGUGUUGGCUGUGGGCUAUGGCGUGGAGGACGGCAAGGACCACUGGAUCGUCAAGAACAGUUGGGGCACCAAGUGGGGCAUGGACGGCUUCUUCCAGAUCGCUCGUGGCAGCAACAUGUGCGGCCUGGCCGACUGCGCCUCGUACCCCAUCGUGGUGUAAAGCUGCGGAUUACUGCUGGCCAUCGUCUUUCAUGCAGCGAUGAACGAAGGUUGUGCAUGUAUAUGGGUUCGAUUAUUGUUGUUGUAUUAACGCAUUAGGUGAUCACCAUCAAGAGUACGGUGUCGCACUUAUAGGGCGCUCUUGAUGAUCUUCUCAAACUCAGGCUUGAGCGAGGCGCCGCCGACCAGGAAGCCGUCGACGUCAGCGAGCGCAAUGAGCUCCUCGCAGUUGUCGCCCUUGACAGAGCCGCCGUAGAUAAUGCGGACGUUCUCAGCCACCUCGGGGGACACCUUGCUAGUGAUCCAGCUACGCAGAUCCUUGUGGGCCUCCUGGGCCUGAGCAGGAGUGGCCACAACGCCCGUGCCGAUAGCCCACACGGGCUCGUAGGCGAUGACAAUGCGGGCCCAGUCGGCCUCAGUGACGAUGUUAGCCAGAGCCUCCGUCUGACGGAUAAGCACGUCCAUCGUCUUGUUGGACUCACGCUCCUCGAGCGACUCGCCAAUGCAGAAAAUGACCUUAAGGCCCAAGUCUAGCGCGCGCUUGGUCUUCUUGGCCACAAUCUCGUCCGUCUCGUUGUAGUAGGCACGACGCUCCGAGUGGCCCGUGAUAGUCCACUCCAGACCGAAGUCCACAAGCUGCUCGGCAGCGAUCUCGCCCGUGUAGGCGCCCGUGCCAGUCAGACUAACGUUCUGCGCGCUCACAGCAAUUUUCUUCUGCAGCAGCGACUUGGCCAGGUCAAUGUGGAGCGCAGGGGGCGACACAACCACCUCGACCUUGUCCGAGGUGAUCUCCACCUUGUUG